AUGAAUGGAACAUAUUACAGUGGAUUUUUACUGCUGGGGUUUGCAAACAUUGAGAAGUACAGUAUAUGCCUCUUCUUUACUGUCCUCCUAAUUUAUGUACUCACUUUAUUUGGUAACAUGUUGAUCAUUUUGGUAGUGCAAACUCACGUAUACCUUCAGACACCAAUGUACUAUUUUAUAACUAACCUUUCUCUUUUGGAGAUGUGGUACAUAUCAACUACAGUACCCAAACUGCUCUCCAUCCUGUUGACAAAAGACAAAAGGGUCUCCUUCCAAUGGUGCUUUGCUCAGCUAUACAUGUUCCAUGGUCUUGGUAUGACAGAGUGUGCCUUGUUGGCGGUUAUGUCUUUUGAUAGAUUUAUGGCUAUAUGCAACCCUCUUCGGUACACCACCAUUAUGAAUGAGAGAAUGUGUAGGUAUCUAGCACUUUAUGUUGGUCUUAUGGGUUCUUAUCUGCAACAAUACCACUCACCUUUACCAUAA